GAUGUGGCCUCUUCUCCUGCUGUGGGGCUGCCUGGUGCUCCCAGUUUCAGGUCAGAAAGCCCUGCAGGGUCCGAAGGAGAUCAGAGGAUUUGAAGGCGGCACAGUGACACUGCAGUGCACCUACAGCGAAGAGCUGAAGGGCCGCAGGAAGUAUUGGUGCCGCGAGGUCGGGAUCUUGUUCUACCGCUGCUCCAGCACCAUCUACGCAGGAAAAGGCCAGGAGACAACGCAGGGCAGAGUGUCCAUCCGCGACAGCCCCCAAGAGCUAGUGUUCACCGUCACCCUGCGGGACCUCACCCUGCAAGACGCCGGGAAGUACUGGUGUGGGGUAGAAAAAGUGGGCCGCGAUGAGGCUGUCCUGAUGUCCCUGUUAGUCUCUUCAGGGCCCUGCUGUCCUCCCUCCCCUUCUCCCUCCUACCAGCCUCUUGCUUCAAGAAGCCUGCAGCCCAAGGCAAAAGUUUGGCAAACCCAGCCCCCAGGAUUGACUUCUCCUGGUCUCUACCCAACAAUCACCACAGCCAAGCAGGGGAAGACAGGGACCUCCCUGUACAGGCACACAGGGACCUCUCCGUAUGCAGGGACCUCUCCUCGCGCAGUGACCUCUCCUCGCACAGUGACCUCUCCUCACACAGGGACCUCUACUCACGCAGGGACUUCUCAUGCAGAGAGCUCCUACCCAACAACACAGCUGAACUCCGUCUCGGCAAAGGGCACCCAUCCUGUUCCCAGCAGCAGUAGAUCCAAGCCCAGGGUGUCCAUCCCAAUGGUCCGCAUGUUGGCCCCAGUCCUGGUGUUGUUUACCCUUCUGCUGGCCACAGGCCUGAUCGCCCUGGGAAGCCGUGCUCUCCGCUGGAGAAAGAAAGCUCAACUGGCCGCCAAGACACAGAAGAAUGAGAAGCCCCCGGGGAAUGGGAAUGGCCGACACCCAGAGUACGCUAUGAUCCACCCUGCAGGGCCCACUGGGCCCCUCGCCAGACCCGAGCCCUCCGCCAGCCUCUACACAAAGAUCCAGUACCUAAGCCAGACUACAGAGGAAGAGGAAGCCACUUCCCAGGCUCCCGAAGGGGACUUGAUCCCAAUGCCCCACACGUGUGAGGAGGAGCUGGGCUUCUCCAAGUUCAUUUCUGUAUAGCUGCAGAAGGCCCUCCUGGCCAGGUGGCCAUGAAGCUGAAUGGCUGGUUCUACACCAAUUCCCAUAGCUUCUUGCCUCAGCCUCCGAGUCCACCUGCCCAGACUCCAGGGCUUUCUCCACGCACCUCCGGCCGCCCUCCUGCAUGCCCCCAUCUGACCUAGAAGCAUUUCCACACCAGCUCUGGAGCCUGGUGUGGUGGCCUCACAUUUGCAUCCAGAGACUGGGACCUCCCCAUAUGCGCACAUGCCUGAGCAGGGCACACGGCAGCCAGAUCCACACCAGGCCAGCAAGGCUCGGUGCACCUGGUCCAAGCUUGUGUCUGAGCCCAGGACUCUGCAUAUCUGAAGAGUGCUUGCAGUGAUUCUCACAUUCAAGUUUGAAGACCAGUAGCCCUGUGAAAUACACAGACCCUUCAGCUUAGAGUCAACAUUUGGUAGACUCCCCAGCCAUACCUUUGGAAAAAUAGUGGAGAAAACCUUGGCUCCUUUUCUGUCUGGGAGGGGUCACUUCCCAGUGGGUAGUCAUAGCUGGGAAAGGAAACCAAGUGGCUGAGUGAGGAUCUAAAAGGGAACAGAGAGAUAACAGGGCAGAAACCUGAAGGUGACCCUGAGUCUAGCCCCCUACAGAAGGGGUGGGAGGUGGGGGUAGAUAACAGAACUACUGGGUUUUUUUUUCCUUUUUCUAUUUUAUUUAAAAAGUGAAAUGACGGCUGCUUAGUAUGCAAAACUUAGAAAGAUGGGGAAGCAAAGAAAAGAAGAGGCAAAAGCAACCCAUAUUCUCACCACUCAGCAGAGAUGAUCAUUAUUUCAUCUUGUAUUUCCUUCUCUUUUUUUCUCCACAUUAAUUUUCUGGCGUUUAUUUUUUUAACAGAGUAAUCGUCUUGUGUGUUCAAUUUUGCAUCUUGCUUUUCUCAAUUAUUCCAUCAUAAGCAUUUCUCCAUGUUUCACAAACCUGUUAUAAAUAAAAUGUUCAUCAGCUGAGCUGC